GGCGAGGGGGCGUCGCCCGUGUUGUCCAGGGGGUGCGGAAAACGCUGCGUCAGAACUUGCACCCUCUGACUGGCAAAUUUCAUGGGUGGCUGGCAGGUUCAUCCCCUUGCUCACGUCCUCGAUGCGCGCCGAGGGUCUGCAAGCGGUCCGAACCCCCGCCCAAGGAGCAUCUCCUGCACCUGCCCUCAGCCCUGAUUUGUUUUGGCUCGAGGGGCGCCCCCGCGGCGCGAGCGCCAUCGACCCUGCGGGUCCCGCAGACCUGCGGACGAUGCCGCGCAGGAAGGGGAAGGACAGGGGCGGGCGCCCAGGCGGCCAUCGUCAUCGUCGUCGUCCUCCUGCAUCCCUCCACCCCCCCCCUUGCCCCCCUCGUCCUCCUCCGUUUCCGUCCCGUUCCUCCACGUCCACCGGCACGCGGGCGCCCAGGCGACCACGGGCAUGGCGCAUGCCAAGGAGGACCCCCAGAGGAGAGCGACGAGGAGCUGGACAACCUGGGCGUCCCGAUGGACUCGGUUGUGAAGGUCUGGUGCGUCCACAGCACACCGAACUUUUCGCUGCCCUGGCAGAGGCGCCGGCAGGAGAGGUCGAGCGGCUCUGGCUUCUGCAUCGACGCGAAGAGACGGGUUGUUCUCACCAACGCGCAUUGCGUGGAGUGGCAUACGGAGGUGAAGCUGCAGCGGCGCGGGAGCGAUGCAAAAUACCUGGCAAAGGUACUUUCCGUCGGUUGGGAGUGCGACGUGGCUGUGCUCACCGUCGAGGACCACGGUCUCAAGCACUGGCAAUUAGGGCCAGGGGGCACAUGAACCAUCAAACAUACCUUCCCUUGGCGAGCUGCAGUCAACACGUUGUUGUUUUGUUUGGCCAUGGGAUGGUUGUUUGGUUGUUCCUGGUCUUCUUGGCCCCUUGGGCGGCUAAGUGACCAUGGGUCGAGGACGACGAGUUCUGGGAGGAUAUGCCAGACGUCAAGCUCAACCCGAAGAUUCCGCGCCUUGAGGAGGACGUGCUCUGCGUUGGUUUUCCCAUCGGCGGGGACACUAUCAGCGUCACGAGCGGCGUCAUCUCCCGUAUAGAGGUCACGACCUACACCCAGUCUUCCAUGGAGCUCCUGGGUAUCCAAAUCGACGCCGCGAUCAACAGCGGGAACAGCGGUGGUCCCGCAUUCAACGCCGCCGGAGAGUGCGUUGGCGUCGCGUUCCAGAGCAUGAGCGCCGAUGAGGCCGAGAACAUAGGAUACGUCAUCCCGAGCGUGGUGGUCAUGCACUUUCUCAAUGACUUGCUGAAGCACGGAAAGUACACCGGUUUCCCCACUUUGGGCGUGGACAUCCAGACCAUGGAGAACGCUCACCUCCGGGAGUCCUACGGCAUGGCGCCAAAGCAGAGGGGCGUUUUGGUCAGCCGGGUUGUGCCUACGUCUGCGGCCGCGAAGGUGGUCAAAGCAGGGGACGUGCUGCUCGCGUUCGACGGCGAGCCCAUCGGCAAUGACGGGACCGUGCGUUUCAGGAAGCACGAGCGCGUCAUGUACACAUGGCUCGUGGCCCAAAAGUUCUUCGGGGAGAAGGCGACGCUCACCGUCCUGCGGGACGGCCAGAAGCUGGACGUGCACAUAGAUAGCUUCCAGCCGCAGGCGGCGCUGGUUCCCAUCCACCUCUUCAUGAGGAAGCACCCUGGUCCGUCGUACUUCAUCGUUGGAGGGCUGGUUUUCACGUCCCUGUCACUACCAUUUCUGGAGUCCGAGUACGGUCAGGAUUGGGACAGAAAGGCGCCCGUGGAGAUGGUGCAGUGGUCAAGCGUCGACCACGCAAAGACAGCUGACGAGCAGAUCGUGAUGCUCACGCAGGUGCUUUCGCACCCGCUUACCGUAGGCUACGAGACGCUCGAGAACCUGCGGCUAGAGACCGUGUCUGGCACAAAGGUGAAUAACUUGGCCCACGCGAUGGAAUUGGUCGACGUGGUCACCAGCGGCUACCUGAGGCUGGGCCUCCAUCACAGCCAGGUGCUCGUUCUGAGGGCGGAUGAGGCCAGAGCCGCCACGGCAGAGGUCCUCGAAAUGCACAGCGUGCCUCACGCAGCGAGCGUCGACCUCCGCGAGCCCCAGGAGGCACGGGCCGAGCCAAGCGCCUCGUAGCGGGCCGCAGCCGGGAGCUGCCAAACGCGAGGCUUGGCGGUCUCUUGCUUACAGCAGCGGCCCUCCAAAA